AUGGAGCUAUUAAAAGAUUACGACUGCACUAUUCAAUACCAUCUCGGUAAAGCUAACGUGGUGGCAGAUGCCCUAAGCAGGAAAGAAACCACUUGUGUGGCCAGAAUGAUGGUGGCAGAGUGGAAGCUAGUUGAAGCUUUUAGCCUGAUGACGGUAGGGGUAAUUUCUCGAGGAAACUCUGCCUACGCAGCUAGUCUCACGCUGCAACCAGAAUUAAUGGAUCAGAUACGACAAGCCUACUUAGAAGACUCUCGACUUAAGAUGUGGAUUGAUAAGCAUGGACAAGCAAAGAGACCGAAAUUUGAGGUAAGGGAAAACAUCCUUCGGUUUCAACGAAAAAUAUAUGUACCUUGUGUGAGGGAAUUGCGGCAGGUAAUUUUGGGAGAAGCCCAUCAAUCCAAGUACUCGAUACACCCUGGUGCCACCAAGAUGUACCAAGACUUGAAGGCUGUGUAUUGGUGA